AUGCUACGCCUUCGAACCAGGGUGCAGGCGGUUAUGGACGACACCUCGAAAUGUGGCCAGCUACCGCGUCCAGAGAUUUAUUGCGAUCGGCAAAUGCUACAGAAGUUAGGACUCUCGGGAGACGAGUAUUGCAAGCAGAUGGUGGAGGAGAUCUUGGCGCCAGGAGACAUCAUUUCCAACACCAUCCUUGACGACAACGUCGCCGAUCAGUGGAGCAAGGCCGCAGAACAUGCAAACAUCCUCACCGGUGCCAAGCCGUCGAACAACCGCGACAAUUACUACCGAGAGAGAAUAAUUCAAUGGCGGAAUUUUCCAAAUCAAGGCGUGGUGACAAUUGUGCACCUUCCUUUUGAUCACGAGCUGGGGCGCUUCGUGGCCCAAGCUGGUUCUCAUUUUGCGACAGUGAGUGUUGUGGAGCCGGACCACGAAGAUGAGCAGCAGAUGCUUUGCACUGUGGGGCUCUUUGUAGCCGGGGCCGCGUUUCCUGCAUGGGCUUCGGCACACCUCGCCCAGAUGGCACACUCUGUCUCGCUGAUGGUGCGGCAGACCGCAGCAUCGUUGAGAUCUUUAGACACGCUCCUGGAGGCAGAUCAGCAGUUCUACGUGAUUCUGUCACUUCGAACCUGUCCUCAGGGGCGGCCUUUGUUGCCCUGCAGAUCGCCGGAGUACAUGGUUGGACGGAGUGAGGAUCAUUCGGUGGUCGUGCUCGACCUGCCUUCUGGCAGCCCUGAGUCUUUGUAUCCAGCUUGGUACCGCCCGGUGGGAGAGUUUGACUUCCCAAGCUUCUUGCAGAUGUUCCUCAUCUCUAUCGGUUGCUCAGAGGUGCAGGUAUACAACACCAUGGAUGGGGCGCUGCUGGUCCCAUACCAGGCCGUUGUUCAGAGAAGCCAGUGGAAUUCGCUGGCCUCACGAUUCGAGGCAGCCUGGAAGGUGCACAAGACGGCGUACCGGAAGUUGAACAGCUCCAAGCAUGCGCCGACCAUCUCAGAGGGCCGCAGCCCACGCUUUGCUGAAGUCGCGGACGAUGCGAUGGAUAAUCCGCCGGCGCUUUCUCUCAGCAGUUUGAUCAGUGUGCACAACACGUUCAUAGAGGUCGAGGACGGCGAUCUCGAUGCUGACGAGCCCGAGUGGUGUCGAAACAAGAGCGUGUGA